ACACAAACCUUCCAGAUCCCGGCGGCUGGGCAGACUCAGGGGUGGUGCUACAAGUCCUGCCACUGGCAGUCCCGACGGGCAGGGGCAGGGGACCGAUCCCGAGCGCGGGUCGGAAACUAAGGAGCUCUCCCUAUGAGGGUCGCCCUGUAGAGCAGAUCCCGUGUGGUCGUUGGCGUGGGAGCCCCGGAGUUCAAGGGCUUGGGAGAGGGGACGGAGACCUCUGAAACCUGACACCCAGCCCUCUCGCCGAGGAAACUUCGCAGGCUGGCCCACCAAGACCAUCACUAUGACCGAUGGGGACUAUGAUUAUCUGAUCAAACUCCUGGCCCUUGGAGAUUCGGGGGUGGGGAAGACGACGUUUCUUUACCGAUACACAGACAAUAAGUUCAAUCCCAAGUUUAUUACAACAGUAGGAAUAGACUUUCGGGAAAAACGUGUGGUUUAUAAUACCCAGGGACCAAAUGGAUCAUCAGGGAAAGCAUUUAAAGUGCAUCUUCAGCUUUGGGACACCGCCGGCCAAGAGCGAUUCCGGAGCCUCACCACUGCAUUUUUCAGAGAUGCCAUGGGUUUCUUAUUAAUGUUUGACCUCACCAGUCAACAGAGCUUCUUAAAUGUCAGAAACUGGAUGAGCCAACUGCAAGCGAAUGCUUAUUGUGAAAAUCCAGAUAUAGUAUUAAUUGGCAACAAGGCAGACCUGCCAGACCAGAGGGAAGUCAAUGAAAGGCAAGCCCGGGACCUGGCUGACAAAUACGGCAUACCAUAUUUUGAAACAAGUGCCGCGACGGGCCAGAAUGUGGAGAAAGCUGUGGAAACCCUUCUGGACUUAAUCAUGAAGCGAAUGGAACAGUGUGUAGAGAAGACACAAGUCCCCGACACUGUCAAUGGAGACUCUGGAAAGCUAGAUGGGGAAAAACCAGCAGAGAAGAAAUGUGGCUGCUAGACCCUACGUAGGAACUGAUCAUCAAAAACCCCACCCAAAUAUUACUUCCAAAAAACAGCGACAAACCACGAAAUUGUUGUUGAGUAGACCAUGCAUAAUGGCAUGUCUUUCUUUUUCUGCCAGAAAAAUCUAUUUUAAGAAACCAGAAUAGUCAACAGUGUUCAAAAGAAUUGACCAGUUGUCUCUGACGCACUCUCCAAACAAGAUCAGAGAUUUCCUAAUGUGAUCUCGUGGUCAUGGAUGCUCAAUUUUUUUUUUUAAUGAAGAAGAUGAGUAUAUAAGAAAGUAUUCAAGAUGAUAUCAGUGAGUUUUAAAUCAGAACAAAAAUGACCAUGUCACAUGGGGGAAAGGAAUAGGCCACGAAAGGGAGAAUAUAGAAAGAUGAUUUUUUUUUCAAAGAUUGGAUUUACUUCUUAUAUUGAAUUUGAUUUGUACUUUUAGUUUUGCAUUGGGGGAACGUAUUAGCUAAAAAUGGGUAUACAAUAAAGAAUUCUAAAUGGAUCAUUAAUAAUGACAUUACUAUGUACACCCAAUAAGCUGUCCUAGGGUGACUCAAGUACUGGUAAGGUUAUGAGAUUGUGAAUCAGACUUCUGUUAAAAUGUGGGAGACUGUAUAUUAAUGUCAUUUUUAUAUUCUUAAUAAAUGGCAGAUAGAUAAGAACAGGACUGUGAACGACAAAGCACAAGAGAAAUGCCUUAGGAGAAAAAUGGAAGUAUAAAAACAUGGCAUUUGGACAAAUGAUAUUAAAUGUGUCUGUUACAGAUGUCUGGAAGAAUCAUUUAGCCAAAUUUCACUCAAGCCAAUUAGAAGUUGACAUUAUCAGCUGGGAUUAAGAGAAUCUCCAGAAGUUUCCCUUUCCAAACAAAAUUUUGGAAAUUGGUUCAGUGUUCAGUUUCACAUUUCAUUUUUCUUAGUAAAUGGUCACAAGGAGAAAUUAAAGAUUGUCAUUUAUUAAAUAUGUCUUUAAAAAUGCAGUCAAGAAAAACUAGCCUUAAUUGUUUUUAGACAAAAUAUGUUGGUGAUAUGAAAACAAAAAGUGACAAAUAAUUGUGGGUUUCUUUUAACUUACAAAAGCACUGGAAACUCUAAAUCACACUUCUACCCUCCACACCCACCCCUGACUUUGAAUCAAUUGCAAAAAUAGAGGUGUGUCCCUUUGUAAAUCAACAACUUCAGGAUGAUAGAUUGAUUUUAUGGUCACUCUUGAGUUUUCAUGUCAUUCAUCACAUGAAAAUUGACGAUACCUCAUGCCAUAUUACAACGUAUGAAAAAAAAUACAUAUGUUUUUGUUUGCCCAAGGCAAAAUACUCACAUUUGAACUAUAGUUGGGGGUAGGGCAGGAAUGGAGCUGUGUAUUUUCUCUCUAAAAAUUUGGUUAAUCACUUUAUUUUUUUACAUAAAACUGCCUUUUCUUUUUAAAAAUCAUUACAAAAAGAUUUUCCGUUGGCCUAUUCUUAUUGUUGUGUCUAAACUGAUAUUACAUUGUUUUUUUCAAUCAUUGUUUUUGAUAAGCAUAAGCAACUCCUGUUAAACUAUUAUUUAAAUAUUUCAGUUUUAUCAGUAACAAAGGCAUCAUGCUUCAAGUUUUCUCUUUUUAUCAUGAGUAUAUCCCCCACCCUUGAACCUCUCUCCAGAGUCUACAUCUGGUAUAGAAUCCAUUAUUAGGAACACAGAUCCAAGGGAUGGUCUAAAACGUUCUUGCAAGAUUCUCAGUGUGAACUGCUCAGUUCCUCUGACUUAGGAAGCAUAAUGCCAGCUUCUAGGAUCCAUCAUGCUUGGGUAUUCCCUCCAAUGCUGUUUUUCUCUACGAUGCACUUCAUGACCUCAGUUCCUGAGCCAUGAAGAUAGAAAGCUAUUCACUAACACCCAAGAUGCUUUGACUGAAAGAAAAGUGAGCAGAAACAAUAUUAUCAUUGUUGUGGCAAAAUUUGGUAAACUUCUGUGGUCAUUUUAUCAACUCUCCUUUGGAUUCAAAUUGUGAUGUCUCUGGCAUUCCUGUGAUAGGGAAUGUUUAGCCUUUAUGAAAUCCUAAAUGUAUUCUAUUUUGGAUUUGUUUUUUGUUUUCUACUCUUUUUCCAGUUAUAUGAUUGACUGACUUUUGCCAAGAUUCUGUCAUUGCCAGUUGACAAGCAUUUAUUCAGGGUCUAUUUUAAGAUCAUUAUUUGAUAGCUGUAGCAUGAAGCAGAGGGCGACGAUGCCUAUAAUUAUAGAACUCUGCCUAUAAAAAUAACAAUUACUGGGCAACAAUCUCAAGAGGAAUGAAAUGUAAAGAAGACAGGAAAAUUAAUUUAAAAUAGUAUCCUACUUAUAAAUAAAUACUUGACCUAAGAAAAUAUUUUCUCUCUCGAGUUUGACAUCUGAUCCCAAAUUCUAUGUCACCAUUACUGGAAAUGACUUCACUUCUUAUUAGAGAAUUAAUUAUUAUGUAUAAUUCAUUUUAUAAUUUCAAAUUGAUUUGAGAACAUGAAGUACACAGACUGCUUUAAAGAAUUGCGUACCUCCUUUAACCCAAAACAGCAUGUAUUUUUAGCCAAGAUGUAUCCUGUUACUUGUUAUCUCCCAAAUGCUUUGAUAAACCAUACUGUAUUUUGGGGAAAUGUUUAAAAUGUACAUGAAGUUCCUUUCUGAUACAGAAAUCAUUCUGGAGUGCUUACACUAGUUUGAUGUUUACAUUGCUCUAACACAGUGCCUCGAAUACCUCUAUGACCAAAUUUGUCUCCAACCACAUAGCUCAUUUCCUAUUAUAUCAUAUUUGAGGAAGGUCUCACAGAGACACUAAAGGAGUUCUGACAUCUUCAGCAAGGGGACAGGAUAUUAUUGGAAUCUGGAAAUGAUUACCACCAUCUCCUGGUCUCCUAAGCUUCUCACGGAGUGGGGGUGGGCAUCGCUUGAGACUUAACUGUGAGUAGGUACAAGGUUACCUUUUGAUACAAGAAAAGAAAAAUCCUUUGAAAAAUGUAUCAAAAAUGGCUGAGAAAGCGUGUUUGUCUUGGUAUGACGAGGGUCACAAGUCAUGAAUUGGCAGAGAAAAUGCUAAGUGCUAGGAAUUGAGCUUGUGGGUCCUACAUAAGUGUUAGAAUUCUUGCAAGUCACCACUCGAGUUGAUUUGCUAUCAUUUCCAUAGUAUCAGCUAUACAUUGCAAAAAAAUUCAAAACCAGCAUUUUCUAAGGUAAAUAUUUCAUCUGUUGUUUUCCACCAGGUGGGCCAUUCUGUGUAUCAGUUGGUGUCUUUGUCAUGCUUCUAGAGUGUGCUAUUCUCUGCCAAACUGUAUAGGUUAAAUGAACCAGGCAAGAGUUUCAAUCAGACCUUUCUUUUCUCCUUUGUAAGAGACAGAAGCUUGACUAUAGAGAAGUACAUGACUAUAUUAAAAAAAUAAAUAACAGCCAAAAUAUUCUAUAAACUGUAAACUGAAUCAACUAGAAAUCACCAUAUUUGAUGAAGCUCAUGUACACACUGAUCAACUAGAAAGAGAACAGUAUGUGUAAUAGUGAAUAACUAGGUAGAGUGGAACCCCAGAACCUGUGUCCAUGACACAAAAUUAUUCACUGUUCUGUAUCUCUGUUCACUUUUAAAAAGGGUACAUAUGCUUCCCUCAAUGUGUACCAUACUAAAGCAUUGAGGGAAAAUUCUCAUCCAUAAGGAAUCUUGGAGUUACAAUCUCAAACUGUAAAGAGAUAAAUUGAAGUUUCUGGUUUCCUAAGAUACUUAACUCUUUAAAAGAGAGAUCUGAGAGCGAAUGUUAGCCAAAGGGAUGGAAAAGUUGUCUUUCACUCUGUACCACCAAGCUUUAAAGCAUUAAAAGAAGGCUAGUGUAUGUGAAUAUUUUCGGGAAAGCUUUAUGAUCUUUAAAGAUGAUAAGAUGCUGUCUAUACUUGAAAAAGAUGUCUGAGAAUUCACCAAAAACUAUUAUUUUCUUCUUGCUCUUUGACCAAUAUGAUAUAAAUUUAUUUCUGGGGAGAGUGCUGAACUCUUAAACAUGGCAAGUAGAGUGUUAUCUGAGAUGAGUGUUGUCUCAAUGCUUUAUAAACCCAUGAAGAUAUUUGUCUCAUAAAGUAGGACUGAUAAAAAUCAUUGUUAGAAAUCUAGGGGAUUUUAGGAAUUUAUUGCCUUAGAAUUCUUAGGUGGAGACCCAACCAUGAUGACAUUGUUAAGGAAGAACCAUAAAGAGAGGUUAGAGUUCAACAUUGUCUGAAUAGUGUUCUUCAAUAUUGCAGAACACAGAGAAGACCAUGUACUUUGAGGCUGAUUUUUAAGUAGAAAAUGAAGAAGAGAAUUACCAACAAGAAGAGUGUUUGUAACAAGAUCCAAGGCAAAUAUUUGUCCAUCAUUUUUAUCUAUCAAGUGGAAAUUUAUGCUAAUAAAUAGAACUAAGCUAAUAAAAAUAUUUAAACACCAAAUAUUUCAUUAGUGGCAUCAAAAUGUGGGAAACUUUGAAACAUUUUGUUUGCUCUGUCUGAAUUUAAUUUUCUCAUAAAUUGCACUUUGACUACUUUUUCAAGGAGUAGAAUCACAAAGAUGCUUCUUUGCACACCUUUUACCAACAGCGUGUGGUUAUUUUCCAGCUUCAUAUAGAGAAAGAACAAAAAACAAGCAAAAAUAUUAGCAACAAAAUAGGGGGGUUAUUUAAAAGGGUGUCAGCUUUUGGAGAAAAAAAUAUACAAAGGAAUCAUCUUUGGAUCGAGUCAUUUGAAUUUGUUUCCUGGUUCCUUUUCUUUCCAACAGGUGUGGAAAUCAUGGCUAAUAUCCCUCAGCUGACUUAGUCUUUAAGCAUCAUUAGCAAAUUUUGUAGAAGCAGGCAUGUCUGUCUUUAACUUAAUGGAUCCCUUAUUUAAUCAAUGGCUCUUGUCCUUAUGUCUGCUGGAACAUCAAAAUGGUGUCUGUCCCUAGUGAACUAUGAACAUAUUCUUAUAUUUACUCUUUUAUUCUCCAGGUUAUUCUCCCAAAUGCUCUUUGAGGGGAAGCUUAGUAUUAUAGAAAGGAAAGUGGCCAGAAAGAACAAUUUGGGGACCGUGAGUGUGUCAUUAAAUAUCUUAGUGGCUUCUCCUCAUAUGGAGUUUAUAAACCCUGUGUGCCCCAUAGGGUUCAUGUCAGGCUCAAAGGAGAAUCUAAAAAAUUGGUUUGUGAAUUAUGUUCCAUUUCAUAAACAGGCACUAUUAUCACAAGCUAAGCAUAAUAAAAAAUUAUAGUAAUUUAAACCACUUGUGAGGAGAAAUUACAUAGCAGGGGCAAAACACUAAUUUUAGGAGGGGGAAUUGGAAACUAUCAAUGGUUAGCAACUUGAGGUCAUUGUAUUUGAUUGAAAAUGUUUAAUAUAUCUCAAGUUAUUGAAAAAUAUGAGUUCUAUUUCAUUUUGUAUGUCAUCUGGUAUUUCUUCCAAGGAGUCCAAUUGCAUUCUAGAUAGUGUUUUACAACUUGGUCAAAUCCUCCUUGUACAAGUAGGGCUUUUGUGUCCAUCGCCUUGUAAAAGAUCUGACUGCAUCUGAAAUUAUCUAAGAGAAAUAAGUUAUCCUGCUUAAUGUGUUAAAAAUAGACAAUGUUCUACCGUAACCCUGAAGUGCUUCACCGUAUUCCGACAGUCUACCUUGAAGUGAUACUCCGCUCAUUUUUAGGCUAAGCACUUUUGAUUGUUCUGUCAUCUCCACAGACCUGUUUUGUCUAGUGCUAUGAAUGUAAAUUAAAACCUUAAACAUGAGUUUUUAUUCUGUGUGCCCCUGAGUAUACUGUGGUGCCCGACAAACACUGUUAGAUCAUUAUUUUGUUGUACCAAAGUUCCAGUGGCUUCAGAAAUCAUAGCAUCUAAUGAUUUUGUGGUGUCUGGGUUUGAAUACUACGGUGGCGAACUGUAUUCAGUGAUUGUUUCUGCACAUUUUUCAAUAAAAAAUGCAUUUUUAUCAAUUA